CAUCCCGCGCCCUGCCUAGACGGGUGGGGACCGUAAUACAUAAUAACAACCAUCAUCUUCCCCAGGCGAAGGCAAUAAUACCCCCCGCGGGCGCGGGGUGGGCGCAGAGCUGCCAUGAGACGCGGCGCGGCCCGGACCCUGCUGCUCAACAUGUACCUGCCAGACCCAGUUGGGGAAACUUUGUUCAAAGAAGGCAAAAGCCAGGCGUGGGGAUCACUGGGGCCGGGAGUCCAAAAAGGCAGUGGGCAGAUCCAGUUGUGGCAAUUUCUGCUGGAGCUGCUUUCUGAUCGCGCCAACCUCAACUGCAUCGCUUGGGAGGGCACCAAUGGAGAGUUCAAACUCCUGGAUCCCGACGAGGUGGCCCGGCGCUGGGGGGAGCGCAAGAGCAAGCCCAACAUGAACUAUGACAAGCUGAGCCGGGCCCUGCGCUACUACUAUGACAAGAACAUCAUGACCAAGGUCCAUGGCAAACGCUACGCCUACAAGUUUGACUUCCAGGGCCUGGCCCAAGUCUGCCAGCCAGCAACACCUGACCAUACCCUCUACAAAUUCCAGGCACCCCUGCCCUUCUCUGGCAUUUCCAAACUCAACAUCAUGGCCUCAGGGGUGACUCCAACCAGCUUCUCCUAUUGGCCAGGUUCUACCCCCACUCUGUACCCUAGCCAUGGCUUGCAGCCUUCAGCGCCCUUCAGUGCCAUGGCAACCUCCCAUAUCAACAACAUGAACAGCCACUACCACUAGGCCUCUCACCAUUGCAGGGCAAGGGGGAGGGAUGGGGAGAGAAGGGACGGCCCUCAGAUUUCAUCCUAAGACACUUCCCAUUUUGACCAAGGAGGCAACUGUGUGCAGCAGGGAGGGACACUGUACUGAGAUGACAUCUUAAGAUGGGUUGGAUCUCAGCAAAGGCGUUGGAUGGUCUAGGGGGCAUUUUGUGGGGGGUGAGCUCCCUCCCCAUUGAAUACAGGGCCCUUCGUUUUGUAGAGAACAUUUCAGCAAUGCCCCCAAUUUCUCUCUUUCUU